GUGAGAGUGCGCACACCGGAUAUGUCGUCACAGAUGACGAAAGCGGAUGUUUGGCGCAGCAGGUUGAGUUAUGAUGGAGGAUGACUCUAAACAUCUCGACAGUGAAACACACACACGAUAGCGAAAUAAAUCCUCCUCACUGAAGCUAAUCCCAUGUGGAGCGUGUGUUGUGCUGACUCCAGCUGGCUGACAUGGCAUCAUCUGCCCAGAUGUGUAUAGGUCUCUAUCCUCUGCUGCUCCUCACGGUUUCUCCACUGCACUGCCUCUCCUCCUCCGUUCCCUCCCGAGCGCCCUCUUCCUGUGGACCUGGCCGGUCCUGGGCGGUGCGGCUCAACGCGGCCUCUGUGAAAGCGGGACAUUCCCUCGACAGGCUGGCCCAGAAUGUGGCCGAGGAUGUCGGCCUGGAGAAUCACGGGCAGAUCGGGCAGCUGGAGGGACACUACCUGCUUUGCCAAGGGCUGGAGGACACGGCGGAUGUGGACCCUCGUUCAACGAAGUCUGCUCUGGAGGAGAACCCUCAUGUGGUCUGGCACUCGCAGGAACACAUCCUCAGACGCUCCAAGAGGAGCGUGACCUUCAAUGACCCUAAAUAUCCCAGUCAGUGGCAUUUGCACAACGAUGUGAAGCAGGGGAUGGACAUUAAUGUGACUGGCGUCUGGGAGCGUAACAUCACCGGCGUCGGGAUCACAGUGGUUGUAGUGGAUGACGGCGUUCAGCACGACCUGGCAGAUAUUCAGCCCAAUUAUAGUCCUGAGGGCAGUUAUGAUUUAAACUCCAACGACCCGGACCCCAUGCCCCAUCCCGACGGACACAACGACAAUCAUCACGGCACCCGCUGUGCUGGAGAGAUCGCUGCCGUGUCCAAUAACAGCUUCUGUGCUGUCGGAGUGGCGUACGGUGGCAAAGUGGCAGGCAUCCGGGUUUUGGAUGGACCCCUCACAGACAGCAUGGAGGCCGUGGCUUUUAAUAAGCACUACCAAGUGAAUGACGUCUACAGCUGCAGUUGGGGACCGGAUGAUGAUGGGCGUACAGUUGAUGGACCUCAUCCCUUAGGCAAGGCGGCGCUGCAGCAUGGCGUCAUUGCAGGCAGGAAGGGCUUUGGUAGCAUCUUUGUUGUGGCCAGUGGCAAUGGAGGACAGUACGACGACAACUGCAACUACGAUGGCUACGCCAACUCCAUCUACACCGUGACCAUUGGAGCGGUGGAUGAGAAUGGCAGAAAGCCGUUUUAUGCAGAAGAGUGUGCGUCCAUGCUGGCCGUGACGUUCAGCAGCGGGAGCAGACAACUGCGCAGCAUCGUGACGUCAGACUGGUCUCUGCAGAGCGGCACGGGCUGCACCGACGGGCACACGGGCACAUCUGCGGCGGCACCGCUGGCAGCGGGGAUGGUGGCGCUCAUGCUGCAGGUGCGGCCCUGUCUGAGCUGGCGCGACGUUCAGCACAUCAUUACUUACACAGCAACACAGCAUGACACACAGGCCGACUGGAGAACGAACGGAGCAGGUUUCCAUCACAGUCACAUGUACGGCUUCGGGCUGCUCAACGCCUGGAGGCUCGUCAACGCUGCCAAGGUCUGGGAGUCCGUCCCCUACUUGGUGUCCUAUCAGAGCCCAGUUUUGAAGGCCAAUGAGAUCAUCCCAGCCUAUCCCAAAACUCUGUCUCACACGUGGAACGUCACGGUAUCUGACUUGAGGCAGUCAGGCAUGCAAACGCUGGAGCACGUGUCCGUCACCGUGACGAUCGUCCAUCCUCGGCGUGGGAACGUCGAGAUCGUGCUCGUGUGUCCCAGUGGAAUGACCUCGCUGAUCGGAGCCAAGAGAGCGCUGGAUGUAGAUACGACUGGAUUAACGGACUGGACCUUUUCCACGGUUCGAUGUUGGGGAGAAAGAGCAGAGGGACAAUACAGUCUACAGAUCACUGACAACAAAGAGUCGACUCUGUCAUCGGGCGUACUGAAGUACUGGAAACUCACUCUGUACGGCUCAUCUCUGUCUCAUCAGCAGGUGAAAGAGAGACAAAGAGUUGUUGAAGACGCCAUGGGCGGCCAGUAUCUCAACAGCAGUUUUGCUCUCCCCUGUCCGCCUGGUAUAGAUGUUCCUCCUGAAAUCGUGAGCCCGUUCACCUCGAACAGCCUGAAGUCUCUUCUGCUGCUGGGCUGUUUUGCGCUCUUCUGGUCGCUGUAUUACACUCUUGAAGUGACCCUGACCCAUUGGGACUGGCGUGGAUGUAGCGUGGCCGUCAGGGGAAGAGACAGAGGAUUGCAGGCUGGAUCCACAGGCCUAGAGGACAGUCAAGUGGUUGAAAUCCAGCCCGAGAUGGACAAUGAGUCCAAAGUCCCCCUCAUUGCUGCUGAUAUGAACACGUAGCACUCAGGAAAAACUGGAAAAUGGACCCUGUCUUCUUCUCCUCUCUUUUUUGUUUCUUUGUCUCCAAUUCAUUUGUUUGGAAUUUCAGGUUGCACUUUGCUUUCGUUUGAGCAUGUGAGCAAACGCUCUGUAUUGAGUUGCCUUAUUUUGUUUUUGAUUUAUUUGCUGAUAUGUUCAUGACAAUGUUACCUUAAAAGAGUGCCUGAUAAAGUGAGCGAGUCUUUGCAGUAUUUGAAACGUUUAUUGCAUAUAGGAUUGGAUGGAUUGCACGAUUGAAAGUGUGUGUUUGGUGACUGCUGCGUGAAUGAUGUUAUAGAGUUUAAUAUAAUUACAUUCUUUUACAUGUUUUUUCUUGAUCGUGAUGCAUUGAAUGUGACACGAUUGGAACAUUUUCAGAGUAUAAAUACCUCAACACUUGAAUUUUGACAUAAUAAAAGAGAUCUGCCGAGGUCUGCUUAACUGCAGACGUUUUACUGAUUUUAGCCAGUUUUUUUUUUUUUUACUGAAGCGUGGUAUUCUUGUGAACAAGAACUCAGAUGUGGUUUAAAUAAAAACAAAAAGGGAAACUG